AUGUGUGAAAAUAAUAUAUUCACUAAUAUUUUUACUCAUCACAUGAGCCUGUCCGAGCACUUUCAGAGUGGAAGUCGAAUCAGCACAGUUGUUAAAACUGCGAGUGGAGAUAAUAAACCCGAUGAAGUUGUUGAAGCUGAGAGUGAAAGUAAUGAACCAGUGAAUGAUAUGAAGAUAGCUAUGGCCUUUGCUAGCUACUGA